CUCGGCUUAACCUCACAUUUCCAGUACUGUGAUCUUUAUCAAUUGCGCCCAAUAGAACAACGCGAAAUGUCAGCUGCUACCGAAAAGAAGCAUCUUUAUGUCGGUACUGACAAGCAUCGGUGGUGGAAGGAGGCGGUCGUGUAUCAGAUCUACCCCGCCUCAUUUCUCGACAGCAACGGUGAUGGCUGGGGCGAUGUACCCGGCAUCACAUCCAAGCUGGACUACCUCAAAGACCUAGGCGUCGACGUGAUAUGGCUAUCUCCAAUCUACAAGAGCCCGCAAGCGGACAUGGGCUACGACAUUGCCGACUACGAGGAUAUUGACCCUAGCUACGGCACCUUGGCGGAUGUCGACAAUCUAAUCAGCCAAGUCAAGAAGCGCGGCAUGAAGUUGGUGAUGGAUGUGGUUGUCAAUCACACCUCGGAAGAGCAUGCAUGGUUUCUCGAUUCUCGCUCAUCCAAGGACUCAAAGAAGCGAGAUUGGUACAUUUGGAAGCCAGCAAAGUACGAUGCUGACGGAAACCGUCAGCCACCCAACAACUGGGCGCAGAUCCUGGGAGAAGCCAACUCCGCAUGGACUUGGGAUGAGAAGACGCAGGAGUACUAUUUGUCGCUCUUUACACCUGAGCAGCCAGAUCUCAACUGGGAGAAACCAGAUGUACGUGCAGCGGUGCACGACAUCCUUCGCUUCUGGCUUGAUCGAGGCGUCUCCGGUUUCCGCAUGGACGUCAUCAACCUCAUCUCAAAGGUCCAGACCUUCCCUGAUGCACCCAUCUCAGUCACAGACAACAAGUACCAGCCAGGUGACAAGUAUUUUGCAAAUGGUCCGCGACUGCACGAGUGGCUCAAGGACCUUCACGAGGAUGUGUUGUCAAAGUAUGACACACUGACCGUAGGCGAGAUGCCCUUCGUCCGUGACGAAGACGAAGUCAUCAAGGUCGUCGGCGAACAAAGCGGCGAGCUAAACAUGAUUUUCAACUUCGACCUCGUCGACAUCGACAACGUCCCUGGCGAUUUCAAGUACACGCUGAAUCCCUGGGACGCGCGCGAUCUGAAGAAGAUUAUCAACAGACUGCAGCGCCUGAUGCUCGAGCGCGACGGCUGGAACACGCUGUACGUCGAGAACCACGACCAGCCACGCAGCGUAAGCCGGUACACCGACGACAGCGACCAGUGGCGCGACUACGGCGCAAAGCUGCUCUGUCUGAUGCAAACAACCCUUGCCGGCACGCUGUACGUGUACCAAGGCGAGGAAAUCGGCAUGCGCAACGUACCCAACGAGUGGGGCCCGGAAGAAUACAAAGACAUUGAAAGCAUUAAUUUCUUCAAAAAAUACCGCGACCUCUACCCCAACGAAGCCUUGAAACAAGCUCUCGCCGCGCAAAUCAUGCAGCGCAAAGCCCGCGACAACGCCCGCACGCCCGUCCAAUGGUCCGCCGAGCCCCAGGCGGGCUUCACAUCCGGAACUCCCUGGAUGCGCGUCAACGACGACUACCCCGCCGUCAACGUCGCCGCGCAGCUGGAAACCCCGCAGCCCAGCCCCGGCAUGCUAUCCGUCCACGCCUUCUGGCAGCGAGCGCUUGCCUUCAGAAAAGAAAACAAAGACGUGUUUGUGUACGGCGACUUUGAGAUGCUGGAUAUGGAGGAUGAGAAGAUUGUCGCGUUUCGACGGUGGAGUGCCGAUAAGGCGUAUCUGACUGUGCUCAACUUUAGCAGCGAGAAGGUCGGCUGGGAGAAUUUGGGGGAGCUCAAGGUCAAGGAGUGGGUUGCGGGCAAUUAUGAUGAGAGGGAGCUCGAGGGUAGGGCCAAGAGUGGAGUGGUGGAGCUGGAGCCCUGGGAGGGAGUAUUGGGAUUGUUGGAGUAGGGGAUUGAGGUGGAGUGGUAUCCUGUGCAUAUGAGGAAUAUUGUCGGGCAGACUUAAGAUAGUAAAAGCAAAUCAAUUAUUUGAAAAC